AUGUCCGCUGUCCUUUCUGCUCUGCCUGAUCUGCCAAAGCUCGUCGAGCCCAUCACCGUCAACGGCAAGCGCCUGCGUGUCGCGCCUCGCGUCAACCUCGGGUACAUCACGCCCAACAACCUCGGCACGGUGAAGAAACUUCACAACGUCCUGUUCCCCAUCUCGUUCUCGUCGCAAUUCUACGACGACCUGCUGGACCAAUCGCAACACCCAGAGGACUACAACAAGCUUGUCUUCUACCAGGACUUGCCCGUGGGCGUGAUCGUGUGUCGCUUGGAGGAGGAGGGUGGGGAGGUCCCGAAGACGCUCAGCGAGGCGGCGGGCAAGGGGAAGGCUGUCGAGGGGCAGAAGGAGGCCAAGGCGGACGAGGAGAAGACGUACAGGCUUUACGUGAUGACGCUCGGGGUUCUUGCACCCUACCGCAACCAAGGCCUCGGCUCGAAGCUCAUCCACCACGUCCUCACGACUGCCGCCGAAUCCCUCGCCCAGCCUCACCCGUCCCCUUCUUCCGUCACGCCUCCCUCGAAGCCCAGCGCACCAGCGGCACCCGCAGCAAAGGGUAAAAAGGCCGCGCCCCCACCCCCGCAGGCAAACGGCAAGAAGGAGGCGGACAAGAAGGACGAGAAGGCGGAGGAGAAGGAGCCGCCCAAGCCCAGGGUGUCGAGCGUGUAUCUGCAUGUGCACGUUGCAAACGAGGAGGGGCGCCAGUUCUGGGAGAAGUGGGGUUUCGAGGUCAAGGAGACGGUCAAGGAUUACUACCGCAAGAUCGAACCACGAGACGCCUGGCUGCUCGAGCGCAAGAUCGCACCGAGCUCGUCAUGA